AUGAAGGAGGUAUGGAAGGGUAUGAAAACCAUCACUGGCUAUAAGGAUACAAGGAGUGAGACUCCAGGCAACGUCGACAUGGCCAAUGACUUUAACUGCUUUUAUGACUUUUUGAGGAGGCUCAAAGCCUUCAAUGUCUGCAAUGAGUUCCUGCACACUUUUUACCAGUCUGUUGUGGCAAGUGCUGUGUUUUUUGGGGUGGCCUGUUGGGGAAACAGCAUCAUUGUGAAGGACUGCAACAGGCUUGAUAACCUGGUCGGAAAGGGUGUUUCUGUGAUGGAUGGGAGAGUGGACUAUGUGGGGGAGCUGGUGGAGAAGAGGGUGAGGGCAUUGUGUUUCUGUUUGUGUGUCCUCACAGUUUCCCAGCAUGCCCUGGCUGUGCUGGUGGAGGUGUAUGAGGGGCAAAGAUCUGUCCUGCUGCCCUGCCAAUACUCUGGUAUUAUGCCUGAGGACCCCACAGUCAUGUGGACUCGCAGUGAUCUGGAUCCCAAAUCUGUGCACCUACAACAAGAAGGAGGAGAUGAUCUCAGAGGACAAAACCAGCGUUACAGCGGGCGCACAUCAAUGAGGCCUGAUGCUCUGGAUACUGGAGACUUCAGCCUCACUCUGAGGACACCACAGCUGACUGACAGCAGCAGCUACACCUGCUCCAUCAGUAAUGGAAGAGAAGAACGGAGACUAACAGACGUACAGCUGCAGGUCAAAGAACACCAAGUGGAGGUGAAGGUGGAGGAACGGUCAGAGUCGGUCAUCCUGCCCUGCAAAACCAAUCCUGGCCUUCCUGAGGACACUGCAGUGGAGUGGACUCGCUCUGAUAUAGUCGCACAUGUGUAUCCAAACACAAGCAACCCCCUAAAGAAACAGGACGAACGUUACUGCGGCCGCACAAAGAUGAAUGAAGACCUGCUGAGAACCGGAGACCUCAGUCUGACCCUGAAGUACCCCACAGAGAGAGACACAGGAGGAUACAUCUGCACCAUCUACAGGGGCAAAGACAUCCUGAGACACAGAGUAGUGCUGCAGGUCAAAGAACUGUUUCCAUCCUGGGCCACAGCUCUCCUGGUUCUCCUGGGUCUCUUUGUGGUUUCUGGUCUUUUAUUUUAUUUCCGGCACUACUUCAUGUCAGAUUACGAGGUGCAGGUGGAUUCAGGGGUGGAGUCUGUGCAGCUGCCCUGUAAAGCUCUACUUACCUUGUUUAAAGGCACUAAGGUGGAGUGGAAGGACGGACACAGCAGGAAGGUCCACGUGUAUCAGAGCAGCUCUGACCAGCCUGGAGAACAGGACGACUUUUACAGAGGACGAACAGAGAUGAAGAGGAACUUCAUGCUGAAAACUGGAGACCUCAGUCUGACCUUGAAACACCCCACAGACAGUGACACCUACACCUGCACCGCCUACAACAAAGACAGAAACAUCCUGAUGAAGAAACAAGUGGAGCUCAGUGUCAGAGUCCCACAGGUGGAGGCAGAUUCAGGGGUGGAGUCUGUUCAGCUGCCCUGUAAAACCAAAGUUCACCUGCCUGAAGGUGGUAAAGUGAAGUGGACAAACACUUACAAUGUGACGGUCCAUGUGCAUCAGAAGGGCCAGCAUGGAGAACAGCACCGGAUUUACAAAGACCGAACAAAGAUGGACGAAGACCUGCUGAACACUGGAGACUUCAGUCUGACCCUGAAAUACCCCACAGACGGAAACACAGGCACCUACACCUGCACCGCCUACAACAGAGAGGGGGACAUCUGGAUGAGGAAACAAGUGGAGCUGAAAGUCAGAGACUGUCAGGUGGAGGUGGAGGAGGGGGCGGAGUCUGUCCAGCUGCCCUUCAAAACCACAGGGAACCUGCCUGAAGAUGCCACGAUAGAAUGGGAAUACUGUGAACCUGGAGUCAGGAAGGUCCAUGUGUAUCAUAACGGCUCUGACCAGCCUAAAGAACAGGACCAGAAUUACAGAGGCAGAACGAGGAUGAAUGAAGAACCUCUGAGAACCGGAGACCUCAGUCUGACCCUGGAACAGCCCACAGAGAGAGACAGUGGGAGAUACAGGUGUGAAGUCAAGAAGGACUUUAUACUCCUCAGAAGGAAAACACUGUUUCUCAAAGGGAGCUUUCUGGUCCAGAAUAAAAGAGGGAUCAUCAGGAACAGAAGCAGCUCCAUUGAUCCGACUCCUCUGAUGGCUGAUUAAUCAGUUUGAGCUGUUUGUUCUUUGAUUAUUGAUCAGUGAUGUCAGAGUGGAGUCAGUGGGAUGUUGUCUGUGACUGAAAUCUCCAGAAGCCCAAGAGAAAAAGACUCACAGGUCUCAUACACAGAGAAAACUUGCCUGAUGGUAACACUAUUGCAGAGAAAUGUAGGAAGAAGAUAUCAUAUGCAUAUACACUUCUUCAAAACAUUAAAGGAGCAUUUUUUAAUCAGAGUUCAGCAUCAGUCAGGAAAAUCUCUGUGACACUGAUGAGGUCAGUCAGUAUCAGAGGGGGUGUUCAUCAGUUUCAGCUGCUUUGGAGUUCAUGAAAUUAAAAACAUGUGCACUAGAGGGGCAACAAUAACACCCCCCCAAACAGGAAUGGUUUUACAGGUGGAGGACACUCACCUCAUCUUUUCUCACUGGUUUCAACUAGUUCUGCAUUUGGUUAGGGCCAGAGUCCCUGCUGGUAGCAUGAGGUCAUACCUGGACCCUACAGAGGCUGCACAGGUAGUCCAACU